AUGAAAUCCAUCCAGGCUUUUUGCAUGCUGCUUAUCUGCCCAGCUUUGAGUCUCAACACCAGACAAGGCUAUGAUGGGCUGGAAAAGAAGCUAAAGGAAGUCUUCACCGAAAGAAGCAGCAUCUUGCACCAACUCUCCAAGACAUCCAAGGAGCUGGACAGCAUAAAAGGCAACAUUCAGUCAUUGAAAAACGAUGACUCAGUCGCCAAGAAGGACGUGCAAAGGAUUUUGGAGCUCAGCCACAAACAGAGAGACGAGAUGAAGUCCCUCCAGGCUGCCUUGCAGAAGCAGCUGGAUGAGGCAAACGACAGAGCCGAGAAGCAGCAAGCCACAGUUAAACUGAUCAAAGCGGAGAUGGAAAAGAAAACCAAAAUCAUUAAGGAUUUACAACAAGAGAACAAGAGCUUGAAGAAUAAACUCUUGUCAGGGAACAAGCUUUGUGAUGCUCAUGCUGAAGAGUCCAAAAAAAUCCAGGCUCAACUGAAAGAACUACGGUAUGGAAAAAAGGAUUUAAUUUUUAAGGGGCAGCAGCUAAUGGACUUGGAACACAAGUUAACCAUCGCUAAGGAAGAAUUGGAGAAGACUGCACUUGACAAGGAGUCUCAGCUGAAGGCACUAAAGGACACCGUUCACAUCUGCUUCUCAGCUGUCCUGCACAACCAGCCCAGCGGCAACCACAGAUUUGCCACCACUCCUUCCCAUAUGUACAGAUACUCAUCACUCAUCAACAGCUCCAGAGUCACCUUUCAACAGCCUCAUGCCAAGGAUAUCUCUAAAGUUCAGAGAGUUGUCACAACCGGCAAAACCUCUAUGAACACUGGCGAAAUGAGGAGAGAAGGUGGUGGCGUGAAAAAGUGCCAGAUGGAGGAGACUGGAAGUGACUGCUUUCAGCAUCAAACAAAGGAAUUAGCUGCAGAAGCAAAAACGCAACCAGAACCAAAUCAGCAAAGAAGCCAAGGGCAGCCCGGGAGCUCGGAAAGCACUGGAAAGCACCCAGACGACAGCGAGAACGAAGGGCAAAGCAGCAGCAGAAAGAUAAAGCCCCAAAACUACGACUGA